CACUCCUCCUCAGCUGAGGUGUACCAGCAAGUUCCCAAUGCCGACAUACUUAACGUUGAGGUAUGUUCAAGCACGGUCAUCUCAUUAUUCUGAUAUCCAUCUCAUUCCACCAACAAUGGCCGAGGCUGCAAUUAUACGCCAACCCGGUCUGGCCGCCCUCCCUGCCGAACUGCUGAUUGAGAUAUGUAGCUAUCUUUGCUGGCACUGCAGGGAGAACAGACACCCAACUUCUCUAGGAUCUUUCGAGGCUGGAUCCGACCGUGGCCAUGGCGGCUGUGAGGAGCCGAUAGUAUGGUCGCGUGAGGAGCAAAGUCAAACGGGUCUGGCAGGUCUGUCCAUGGCCUGCAAAGCGUUACACCGCAUAGCGGAGCCAUUCCUAUACCAUUACUUUUACGCCUCUCGCGACGACGACCUCUACUAUUUCGUCCGGACUCUGCUGCAGCGGCCUGAUCUGGCCAGCGAGUGUUUGGAAGUUGAGAUUGGCCACGCCCAAAGAGUGCCCCCGAAGACACCCGUUCCCCUCGCCAUCGAAGGCGCCCUGUGCGACCAAUAUUCCCAGCAUCUCGGGAACAAUCCGUCGACAGAAACGUUGGCUGGUCUGGGAGACGUGGUACAGCAGGAGGUUUUGGUGUCGCUGCUGCUGCAACUGGUGCCAAGACUUCAGCGAUUCCACCUCCGCCUGCGCGCCAGCAACACUUUUCACCUUUGGUCGGAUCCUUCACAUGCUCCUCUGGUGUCACUCAAAGCGUUAGCCUUCAGUGGCACUGGACAUCACUGGACCGGGUUUGUGCUUGACCAAGCGGUACCCACCAUACUGCGGGCACCCAAUCUCGAGGCACUGCACUGCUAUGGGGGGUUCAUGGUUCCCGAUGGAUUCUCCCGCUGGUUGGGCCGAGAGACGCCAGAGGACCCUGCACCGCUGUCGAACCUUACCGAACUGAGACUCAUCGACACCGGCUUGACACCCAAGUUCCUCAGAAACAUCCUGCGCGCUGUGGGACCAAAACUGUGCAAAGUCCGUAUCCGAAUCAACCCGAACAUCAAGAUAGAGCGUCCUCUUCUCCAGAUUGAUACAGUCAUUCCGGCCUUACUUCCCUGGAGCGACACGCUGAGAGAGCUAUCCUUUACAGACGGCUGCCAAGGGUUCGAAGUGCACCCUUACCUGCUUGGGGUCCGCUUCCUUCGCAGCUUUCGGGCGCUGCAGAGCCUGGAGGCCAACGCGAACUUUUGGGACUCUGACGAUAUCACCAUGUAUCUUCCUGCUUCCCUGCGCAGGCUCAGGCUUGUGGGGCAACCGCCACUGGGGUACCACGAUAUUAUCACAGCCUUGCUGGGUCUUCGGGAAGCGUUUGCUGCUGGCCAAUAUGGGGAGCUUGAAAGAAUUGAGAUUGAUUGCUGUCCCGAAGACAAGUACAACACCAAGGACAAGGUAGAAGCGAUCAUGGACAUAGCCACUUCUUUUCUGUCAGCAGGUGUAUAUUUUGCGAUUCUUGACGGCCCGGGAGACUCCAUGACCGGAAAGGGGGUAUAAUAGGGCGUUUCUGAUCAUACUGCCUAGUAGCUGGCAAGCUCCCGCGCAUACAGUAGGCCGGUGCCCCCAGGUGAGUCUGGACUGUGGGAGGUUCUAAGCAGCGGCGAAGCAUGACACGCUGGGCCUACCAGAGAUCGGGCGAGCGGCAAGCUGAAUUUCCAUUGACCUUCAUACGAAGCACUCGAUCUUGGAGACGGAUUUGUCUGACGGUGUCGGUUGAUUCUGGAUCACGGCCGUUUUCUGUGGGCGAUUCGUCACACACGUACUUGGCAACAGUUUUAUUAUAUUCACCACAAGAGCUCGAGUCCAUUCACAUUCGUCAAACACACCCGUAACAAGUGCCAGGACUACGCAAACCUCAAUAGCGCCGCCC